GCUACUUCGCUAGUGUAAUUUCUGUCGUUGCUCGCCAGUCUCCAGUCGCCAGUCACUACACUAUGUGUCGAGGCUUGUGUGUGUCCCUCGUUCUCUCUUUCACUUUCUUAUCAGUACUGCAGCGCACUGAUUGUUCGACAUCAUUAUAUUAUUUAUAAAUAUUUAAUUAUAUUGACAUUAACGAUCAUUGUCGUUUUUAAAUAAUCGUCCGGGAGGAUAGUUGUGGUAAAAUUAUGGCUGACGAUUACGGAAGUAUGGAGGACAAUGCUGGUGAUAUGAAUACCAAAUUUGGGCUGCGAUUGCGUGGGCGCAAAGGAGCUUUAAAAAAGAAGAACGUCUAUAACGUCAAAGAUCACAAAUUUAUACCAAGAUUUUUUAAGCAACCGACUUUCUGUAGCCAUUGCAAGGACUUUAUUUGGGGUUUUGGAAAACAAGGAUUUCAAUGUCAAGUAUGCAGUUUUGUCGUGCACAAACGAUGUCACGAAUUUGUUUCCUUUACCUGCCCUGGAGCUGACAAAGGACCUGAUUCUGAUGCCGAAACGGCGAAACAUCAAUGGGAUCUUCAUACGUAUAUCACACCUUCUUUUUGCGACCAUUGUGGAUCUAUGUUGCACGGCAUUACCCAUCAGGGUCUCAAGUGUACAGCAUGUGAUAUGAAUGUACAUAAGCGAUGCCAAGAGAGUGUUCCGAAUUUAUGCGGUUGCGAUCAUACAGAACGUCGUGGACGAAUAGAAGUGAAAGUCACGUGCCAUGGAACGAAACUUAUCAUAGAAAUUCGCCAAGGAAAAAAUCUCAUUCCCAUGGAUCCUAACGGGUCAUCAGACCCCUAUGUAAAGUUGAAACUUAUACCGGAUACAGAUAACAUAAAAAAGAAAACCAAGACAAUCAAAUCAUCGUUAAAUCCCGUAUGGAAUGAGACAAUUACGUUUGAGCUGAAGCCUGAAGAUAAAGAUCGCAGACUAUUGAUUGAGGUGUGGGAUUGGGACAGAACGUCCAGAAACGAUUUCAUGGGAUCUUUGUCGUUUGGAAUAUCGGAACUGAUCAAAUCGCCAGUAGAAGGUUGGUUCAAACUAUUAACUCAAGAAGAAGGGGAAUUCUAUAAUGUGCCCGUGCCCGAAGAAGGUGCCGACCUAGCUGCACUAAAAUAUCAAAUGCGGGGCUCAAAAACGCAAAGUCGAAAUUCGAAGACAUCAUUAACCAGUAGAAAACCAAUGGUGCCUGACAAGGAUGUACCUCAUAAUAUGGGGAAAAAAGAUGUUAUCAGAGCGUCGGAUUUCAAUUUUUUACAAGUACUCGGAAAAGGCAGUUUUGGAAAAGUAAUGUUGGCUGAGCGUAAGGGAACUGAUGAAUUGUACGCGAUAAAAAUUUUGAAAAAAGAUAUAAUUAUUCAAGACGAUGAUGUUGAAUGCACCAUGGUGGAAAAACGUGUAUUAGCGUUGUCUAGUAAACCACCAUUCCUUGUACAACUACACUCUUGUUUUCAGACAAUGGAUCGUCUAUAUUUUGUGAUGGAGUAUAUAAAUGGUGGAGAUUUAAUGUUUCAAAUUCAACAAUGUGGAAAAUUUAAAGAACCUGUCGCCGUAUUUUAUUCCGCAGAAAUAGCCAUUGGACUUUUCUAUUUGCAUCUCAAUGGUAUCAUAUACAGAGAUUUGAAAUUGGAUAACGUUCUAUUGGAUCAGGAUGGUCACAUAAAAAUCGCUGAUUUCGGUAUGUGCAAAGAAGGCAUUAUGGGUGAUAAGACUACAAAAACAUUUUGCGGAACACCAGAUUAUAUUGCCCCAGAGAUAAUUUUAUACCAACCCUAUGGCAAGUCUGUCGAUUGGUGGGCUUACGGUGUUCUCCUGUAUGAAAUGUUGGUCGGACAGCCACCAUUUGAUGGAGAAGACGAAGAAGAACUUUUUGCGGCCAUCACUGAUCACAGCGUCAGUUACCCUAAAGGAAUGUCUAAAGAAGCCAAAGAAAUAUGCAAAGGGUUUUUGACUAAAAAUCCGAUGAAAAGAUUGGGAGGAGGUCCCAGGGGUGAAGAAGACAUUCGGGGACAUGUAUUUUUUAGACGUAUCGAUUGGGCAAAAAUUGAAAACCGGGAAGUGCAACCGCCGUUUAAACCAAAAAUCAAACACCGUAAGGACGUGAGCAAUUUUGAUAAGCAAUUCACUGGUGAAAAAACAGAUCUUACCCCCACCGAUAAACUGUUCAUGAUGAAUCUAGACCAAACAGAGUUCAUGGGUUUCUCAUUUCUCAACCCAGAAUUCAUUCAACAUGUAUAAUUUAUUUAUCUCCUUUAUAAGUAUCCUUUUUUUCAAUUUUAUUACAGGGUUUUCCUUUACACUCCUUCGCUGUUAUAUUAUCCCGUCUUUGUCUACCAAUUCCGAAUUCACUAUAGUCAAUUGGACAUUACACAACACCCAUCGAAUUUCUUUCAGUGUUUUUAACUGAUAUACUUUUUGAUCAUUAUCCCUAAUCACGUUAUCAAGACAAAAAACAAACACACAUUUUCUGUUUUACAAUUCAGUAUUAUACUACUACUACUACUACUACUACUACUACUACUACUACUACUACUACUACUACUACUACUACUCCUACUACUACUACUACUACUACUACUACUACUACUACUACUACUACUACUACUACUACUACUACUACUACUACUACUACUACUAUUAUUUUUAUUACCGUUUCUACCGACCCUAUUAGGCCUAUUAUCAUGAAUUAACUAAUUUACAUAAAUAGUACACGACAUUUCUACGGAAUGUUUUCCGCAUGUCUGACCCUUGUUGUCAUACCAUACACAGUAUUUUCUAUCGUAAGUUUAGAGUAUUGUCAUAUAUUUUGUAGUAGUGAUGAAGAAUAAUUAGUCAGCAAACGUCUGUAUUUCAGAGCUUGAGUUUACGCGUUUUGAUUUGGGCGCACAUGAAUUGCCUUCCACAUUUAGGUAGAUGACCUUUUUUCACAAGAAUUUCCGGUGUGGUUUUGGAGGUACUUCGAGUACCAAACAACUGAUUAUAAAUUAAUAUAUCGAUAGUACGUGAUAGAACUAUCGACUAUUAUGUUGAUUUCCAUAAUGCUCAAAAAUAUUAUUUUUGUAUGACUUUAUACACACAUCACUUUUAUGACCAAUUAUUACUUCUCUGUUAGGCACAUAUACAAAAAAUAUUUUAAGGGUGGCCCCAAAAACUAAGUUUGUGAAUUUUCAUACUUUAUAUCGAUAACAUUUUUUAUCUGUAUACUUUCAAUUGGCAAAUAUCAUUGUUACUCUUUAAAAACAUAUUUAAUAAUUUUCCUGUUUUUUAUUUCGGUGAGAGAGGGAUAGAAAUUCUAACCUAGAAGGCCAGAUGUACGCGCCAGACUGUGUUUGUCGAUUUAUUAAAAUAUUUAUAUUUUGUAUUAACUUAAAUUGUGGACAGUAAAACAUUUAUUUUAUUUAUUCAUUAUUUAUUUAUUAUAUAAAUUAUAUUAUAUAAACAAUUUUCGUAGUAUAAUAUUCAAUUUUUUUAUUUUUUGUUCUCACAUUGUAAAUCGUUGUGUGCACAUUCAUAGUAUUUUUUAAUUUAAAAUAAAAAAAUCAAUAUUUGAAAUUUAAACGAGAAAUCAAUCAAAUGUAGUUAUCGAAAGCGAUUCCAGUACAAAAGGGUCACUACCUAAAAUAGGAGGCAAUUAUUUAAGUGAAUGAUAUUUUAAAAUCAGGAGGUAAUUCGAGUAAUCUAUUUUAAAAAAAAAUCACUGAAGGCAAUUCAAAUGUGUCCUUUAGCCCUUUAAUUUAACGUGGUACCAACUUCAAGAGUGUAUGGACGUUAACCAAAGAACAUCGUUCCAUAAAAUAGGAUAAAAUUGGGACCAUUACGCCUAUUGAUAUGAUGUGUGGCUUUAAUUAUUUACAUAGUUUUAAUCCAAAGUUAAGUAGUUUUUAGAAAUACAUUUAUCAUUCAAAAAAAAAAAAAAAA